AAUAUGAAUAUUGCGAUGUUAAUUACCUAAAAUGCACGCCUAUAAAAUAGAACAGCAGCAGAUAUGCGAUACAGUACAAUAAAUAUGUUCCAAUAAAUAAGUCAUUAUCAUUCUUGCGUUUACCAAAUAGCCGACAUUCCAUAAAACAAUGACAUCAUGUAUUGGAUCCGUCGCACCGCGCGCUAUAUGGAAAGGAUUAAUGUCACGGGAAGAAACCCCCCGCCCCCCGAUCUUGACGCUCCUCACAUACCGUGACUACAUCGACGCGUCUAGUAGUUUAUAUCACACUCAAGAAGCUCUUCUCAACCCACUCAUUCUGUGCGAUAACUCUGUAUAGCCCUUUUUGUCAUGAAUAAUAGUCUACUUUUCGCUGGUUUCCAAAUGCCUAUCUGUGUUUCACUCUGAAGGAGGGCGAGUCCAGCUGUAUAGAGAUUUACGCCGCUGGAUUUUGAGCCGUGCUUCGGAUAAAUCUACGCAGAACCACUUGAAUAACAGGGGAACCGACUGAAAAGCCAGCGCGCGCAAUAAAAAAAAAGAAGCUGUUUCCACCCCAAGGUACCAUGCAAAAAAUGAACGGAUUUCAUGCAUAAUUUCUACCUUCUUUAUAUUCCGAUGUACUGUUGGUGUGCAGUUCUUGUUUUAUAUUUUGAGUUUUAAUUUCGGCUUUUUAUAAUCUUCCAUGCACCGAAAAGGAAAUGACUGCGUCUUAAAAGUUUCGUAUAAAUCAGAGGCAGGUUUUCUGCGAUGCGCUCGAGAACUGUCCACAGUCGGUGGUGCUGAGCACAAAAACCAGGAAGACGGGCUCGCAGAAAACGCGACGCACGCGGGCGUCCACGCCGGGCUGAAAGUUUCGGAUGACAAACGUCUACCCCUACCGGACUUGUUGAAACGAUGCCUAGAUGCUCUGUUCAAGGAAGCCGAUUUUGUUCGGACCAGGAGAUUUAGAGGGAGGCUGUGGAUCCCCGGGCAGCGACAGGACGGCUGACCGCCGACAUGCAAGCCAACCUCACCGGUUCCAACCAAACCGUGCCCCCGAACACUGACUACAACUUUCCCGCACUGGUCUUCGGGAUAUUGCUCAUCAUCGUUAUCAUUUGUGGAAAUCUGCUGGUGUGCCUUAGCGUAUACACGGAAAAAGCUUUAAAAACUACAACCAACUACUUCAUAGUCAGUUUGGCUGUUGCAGACCUGUUGUUGGCAGUACUGGUGUUGCCACUCUUCGUUUACGCGGAGUUCCAGGGUGGCGUGUGGGCCCUUAGCAUGUUUAUCUGCGAUGGACUGAUGACGAUGGACGUGAUGCUGUGCACCGCUUCCAUAUUUAACCUCUGCGCCAUCAGCAUCGACAGGUUCAUCGCUGUGUCCAUCCCGCUGAACUACAACCGGAAGCACGUGGAUCAGCGGCAGGUGCUGCUCCUCUCCGCCACCUGGAUCUCCGCCCUAGCCGUGGCGUCGCCCGUCAUUUUCGGGAUCAACGACGUCCCGCAGCGGGACCCCUCCACCUGCAAGCUGGAGGACGACAACUACGUGGUGUACUCCUCUGUCUGCUCCUUCUUCAUCCCCUGCCCCAUCAUGCUCCUGCUGUACUGCGGAAUGUUCCGGGGCCUGAGGAGGUGGGAGGAGGCGCGCAAGGCCAAGCUGAGGGGCGGCGUCCAGGCGCGCACCAAACUGCAGCGCGCCGUCACGCUCCCCCACCUCACCGUCCCGCCCCAGGCCCCGCCCCCUUCGCCCCCCGUCGUCCAGCGCGACCCCGCCGACGUCAGGCUGGACGAGCUGGCCCGUUUCCCCGCGGGGUACAAGGACGGCCCCAUCCAAACCCUGGCCUACCCCGACAGGCGGUACGCCCACGGCCACGCCCACGGUCAUGGCCACGCCCACCCUCAUGGCCACGCCCACCUCAAAAAGAAAAGGGCCAAAAUCAAUGGCAGGGAGAGGAAAGCCAUGAAGGUUCUGCCAGUCGUAGUGGGUGCCUUCCUGUUCUGCUGGACCCCCUUCUUCGUGGUGCACACCAUGCGGGCGCUCUGCCGGUCCUGCAACAUCACCCCCCACCAGAUGAGCAUCGUCACCUGGCUGGGCUACGUCAACAGCGCGCUCAACCCCAUCAUCUACACCGUCUUCAACACCGAGUUCCGCGGCUUCUUCCAGAAAUUUCUGCACAGCUUCUGCUGAAGGACCGGCUUCGGGGCUUCGCGGCUUCACACGGUCGCCGAUCCCAAAAAAAAAGAGCACAACGUGGGGCUGCUGGGGGGGGGGGGCUCGUCGUCCGGUUAACGUGGGGCGUGGACGCGGUGUCGGACCGAAUUCGGCCAGCAGCUCCAUAGGGUAACGCAGAAUUGGCAGUUGCAUCGCCCAGGUUACGAAACGGUUCAGUCGGGUUUGGGAUCCUUGUGCAGAACGCUCUCUAGCGACCCCUGCUGGUCGACCUGGGCACCCGUGGACUGCGCGCCAAAGCGGCGUAUGAAAGGUCUUCCUCAGACUCCGCACUGCGCAACCUUAGCUCUAGUCUGCGAAGCGAAACUCAAGCUGGCAACGCCGUAUUUUUGGAGGAUAACCGCGGAUGUCUACGCUCUGCAGAACAGGCGGCGAAGAUCACAAUCACGACUGCGGUUGCAGGUCGUUGGGACGUUCCAAAUUAGGGCGGGAAUCGGACACGUUCGGCUCCACGUUGGGCACCAAUAUUUUCAAUAAAACCGAUAAAGCACAACCAUUUUUGUAUAUCAUCACAAAUAAAGGAGUAUCUGUAUAAAUGCAGACUAAAACUUGCUUACGGUAUGUUAUUUGGCUUCAUUUUGUACCUCUCAAUUUGGA